AUGUCCUCCAGCUCCCCGCCGGGCGAGCCGAAGAGCCGCAGCCUGGGCCGGCUGUCGCUGCCCAGGAGGGGCAGCAUGACGCCCGGCAAGAAGCCGUCGGCGCUGGAGCUGGCCGAGAGCACCCCGAACGCCCACUACGCCCCGCUGUCCUCGGCGCAGGGCGGGCAGGCUCCGCCGGGCUGCGGCACCGAGCCGGUGCGGGAGCGGGCGCCGCGCCUGCGGAGCGAGGUGGUGAUGGUGAGCGCCGACUGCCCGCGGCCCCCCGUCAGCCUGGACCCCCGCGUCUCCAUCUACAGCCUCCGCAAGCCCCUGCUGAGCCGCAGCAGCGUCCAGGGCAGGGUCUACAACUUCUUGGAGCGGCCCACGGGCUGGAAGUGCUUCGUGUACCACUUCACCGUCUUCCUUAUUGUGCUGAUAUGCCUUAUCUUCAGUGUGCUUUCUACAAUUGAACAGUAUGCAGCUCUUGCCACAGGGACGUUAUUUUGGAUGGAAAUUGUGUUAGUGGUAUUCUUUGGAACGGAGUAUGUGGUUCGGCUAUGGUCAGCAGGAUGCCGCAGUAAAUACGUUGGAAUAUGGGGAAGGCUUCGUUUUGCUAGGAAACCUAUUUCAAUCAUUGAUUUAAUUGUUGUUGUUGCUUCCAUGAUAGUUCUUUGUGUGGGCUCUAAAGGUCAAGUCUUUGCAACCUCAGCUAUCAGGGGCAUCCGUUUUCUGCAGAUCUUACGAAUGCUGCAUGUUGAUCGUCAGGGGGGCACGUGGAGGCUGCUGGGAUCAGUGGUGUUCAUACACAGACAGGAACUGAUAACCACUCUCUACAUUGGAUUUCUGGGCCUGAUUUUUUCCUCUUAUUUUGUGUACCUGGCCGAGAAAGAUGCUGUAAAUGAUUCUGGAGAAACAGAGUUUGGCAGCUAUGCAGAUGCCCUGUGGUGGGGAGUAGUGACUGUUACAACUAUUGGCUAUGGAGAUAAAGUGCCUCAGACUUGGAUAGGAAAGACUAUUGCAUCUUGUUUUUCAGUAUUUGCAAUUUCAUUUUUUGCACUACCUGCGGGAAUUCUUGGUUCAGGCUUUGCCCUAAAGGUACAACAGAAACAAAGACAGAAGCAUUUCAAUCGUCAAAUUCCAGCUGCUGCCUCACUCAUACAGACUGCAUGGAGAUGCUACGCUGCAGAAAACCCAGACUCUUCUACAUGGAAAAUAUACAUUCGAAAACCUGCCAGGAAUUACCAUUUACUGUCACCCAGUCCAAAACCAAAGAAAUCGGUGAUGGUUAAAAAGAAGAAAUUUAAGUUAGACAAGGACAAUGGACCUUCUUCUCCAGAUAGGAUGUUGACAAUACCACACAUCACUUAUGACCACGUGGCGGAGGACAGGAAACCUCAUUUCAAUUUUGAAGCAUAUGAAAAUUCUGUGAAAAAAAGCCCAGCGUUUUUAGAUGUGAACACAGGACCCUUCAUCAGGACCAGCAGCUUUGCCGAUGAGCUUGACCUGGAGGGUGAGACACUGCUGACCCCAAUAACUCACAUCUCACAGUAA